CAGUUUUCUUACUCCGGGUAUAUAUUUCAACCACAGCUAUAAGGAGCUUCUAAAUAGAAUUCAAAAGGGGUGAGACAGACUGUAAGAAGGCGGCUGCUACAUUUUUUGACAGUCAAUAGUUUUAAAACAGCUCUUAAUUCAUAUUAUUCAUCAUUAUUGAUGGCAGAAACAGUUUAGAUAAUCACUUGAGUUGAAAUAUUCAAAUGGUGACAAAGAUUUGUCUCUCAUCACAUGUGGCUAUGUGCUUGUUCUGAGGUACUGAAGGAGGGUGAGGAUAAGGACAUUUCAUGUGACCCAAGCUCAUCAGGACAGACUGUGUGGUGGUUUCGGCUGAAAAACAACUCAGUGUUAGAGUUCAUAGCAUCUUUUACCAGUUCUGGGGACAAAAAAGCUGGAGACAUGGACAGCAAGUUUGACCCUCAGAAGAUGAAAUCUUCAAAACGUUUAACGCUGAAAGGUUUCAAAAAGGAGACGGACAGUGGCUCCUACAGCUGUGCGUCUAUCAACAACAACAAGCUGAACUUUGGCUCUGUGACCAGCCUACAAGGAACACCAGACCCAAAGCCAGAAACCAAAGUGGUCGCAACAACCAGAGAGACACCUGAGCGCUUCACGACUAAACGCACAGUGCCAUGUGAACCUAAAAAUCAAGGGAGAAAGCCGGUCAGCGCGGUCACUCUGGGUUGUGAGCUUGUGAUUCUGAUUCCUUUGGCUGCAGGCAGUGGUCUUCUUCUCAUCCUACUGAUUAUCACCAUUCUGUACUGUAACCAUAUGAGAACAAGGCGAUGCCCGCAUCAUUACAAAAGACACCCCCGAAACAAACCAGCAGGCCACAGGCCUCUGCCUCACCAGUCCGAAUUCUAGUCUCCAUGUUGACAAACUAACUAAUGCCACCUUCUAUAGAGAGCAAUGCAGUAAACAUGGUUAACCUGUAUAUUUCAAGAAUACUCAUCACUUUCAAAACAAGCCUGUUGGCCCUCAAAUUGCCCAUCAAGCUUUCAGAAAUGUUCCUCUCAAACUGAAUUUCUGGUAUAAAUGAGCUUCAUUAUUCUACAGUUGUAUUCAUUCUUUUUCAGUAACUCUGACUAAUUUUACAUUUUAUCUUUUGAAACAAUUUAGACAUUAUAGCAAAUGCAGUAGUGUUCAUAGUUCAUAGUGAGCCUCUAUAAUGUGUUAAUAUUUCAAAUUAAAUUUACAGAACGUCGCAGCAUACAUAACUCGCACCGUACAAAAGCUUCAUUUUCUUAGUGAGUUCUUUGUCUCAGAUAUUAUAUUUUCCACCUGCUGGUAAAAUGUAUCACAGUCUCGACACAUAACAUGAAUAAGGGUCAAAAAGCAUGCAGUAGAUCAAGUUUCUAAUCAAUUAAGGAAUUAUGCUUGUAAUCUAUUUUGAUCUAUGAUCUAUAUAUGUGUAUUCUGCUUGUACAAUUGCUGUUUGCUAAAUAGAUGAACAAUGUGUGUCUAAAUUUAUGAAUUAAAAAACAUUUUCAAUGAUUCACAAA